GAAAAGUGCGCCCGCUUCCACAUCCACUGCGCACACCACCUGUGCCAGGAGCCCAUGAUGUCCUUUGAUGCUAAGAUCAACAAUGAAAACCUGACCAAAUGCCUGCAGAGCCUCAAGGAGAUGUACCAGGACCUGGCCAGCAAGAACAUCUACUGCCCUCAUGAGGCAGAGUUUCGGCAGUACAGCGUGCUCCUGAAGCUCAAUGAUGGAGACAUCCUCCGGGAGGUGCAGCAAUUCCGGGCGGAGCUCCGAAACUCUCCGGAGGUGAAGUUUGCCGUCCAGGCCUUUGCCGCUGUCAACAGCAACAACUUCGUGAGGUUCUUCAAGCUGGUCAAGGUGGCCUCGUAUCUGGCUGGUUGCAUCUUGCACCGCUACUUCGACCAGGUGCGCCGUGAGGCUCUGCGGGCCCUGAAUGUGGCCUACAGCUCCCGUGGUUCCACCACAUUCCCGGUCGAAGACCUGGUCCGGAUGCUCAUGUUCCAGAAUGCCGGCGAGGCUUCGGACCUCGCGCUGCAGUAUGGGCUCGCGGUCGAUGCAGGCAUGGUGGAGCUAAGCCGGACAGCGUACCAGGAGCCUGAGAUCCAGCCACGUCCAAAGCGCUCUGUGGCCAUCGCAAGGAAGCGGGAGGUGCUGGUGGGCCAAGUGGUCAACGGCGCGCCACUGCCCAACCCACCCCAACACACACCCGUCAACAGCUUUGACAGCCGCAACAAGUACCGUGGGGAUGGGCAGCCAGCGGAGGCAGGCAGUGUGCCCAGGGCUGCAGCCUCCCCUCAGAGGCCCCCCAUUGAGCUGGAUGCGCGGGCCCUCCAGCACCGAUCCAAGAUGCCGAGCGACCCAGCGGAGUCAGCUGGCCUCCCUGGUAGAGAGGAGAGUGGAGCACUUGGGGCAUCUCCGUCGGAGGCACCACCAGUCGCCCCACCUACGCCUCCCCCACCGGAGCCCGUUUACACAGAGCAGGACAUCGCCACGGAGGUAGAGGCCAUGCUGGAGGAGGUAGUGCAGGCCGAGGUGGCUGACGUGGCUGCCACCGAAGCCGAGUACAUCUCUGCUGCACUCAGCAUGUGCAACGGCCAGGUGGAGGCAGUGCUGAGUGAGGUGGUGGAGCAGAUGCUGCGGGAGGUUUCUGCUGCCGAGAUCCAGGCAGAGAGGGAGCAUAUCGCUGAGGAGAAGCGCAGGAUGGAGGAAGCCAGGAGAAAGCAGGAACACGAGGAGCUCCUGGCCCGGCUCAGCAAGACACUGUGUGCCGAGAUCACACAGGAGGUGCUGCGCGACUGCAUCGUGGAGACUGCCUCAACAGAGAUCAGGCGUGCCCAAGAAGAGCAGGCAGAAUGUGUGGCUCGCAGCUCACAAGACGUGUGUGAGGUACUGCUGGAGGAGACGCUGUGUGGUGAGCUCACCCUGCUGGCCCAAGACGUCCUGGAAGCAGAGCUUCUGAGUAUACGCAGGUUCAUCAAAAGGUGGCGUGAUGUGGUGGCCGUGCGCAGGCAGCUGAAGCGACAGAUGCGUGAUUUUCCUGCUGCCCCUGGCUGUGUGGACCCCCGCUUCAGGCUGCAGGCCUUGGCCCCCAGUGCCCCCCCCUCACCCUGCCUGGACAGGCUGGCCCGGGGCGUGGUCAACCUGGGGCACGCUGGGGACCUCUCUGUUUCCUGCACCAGGUUGGCGAAGAUGCGAAGGGAAACCGAGCAUCAGAUGAAGGUUCACUUGUUCUACCAGCAGCUCCUGAGCGAAUCUGUGUGGGGGCCACUGGACCUGCUCAGUCUGGUGGCAGCAAGCGUCUCGAACCCAUCUGACACAAUCUUCUGGAAGGCAGCCCUCUUGUUGCCAAGUGAUCAUGAAAGAGAUGCCAGUGUUGCUAACCAGAUUUUGACAGAAUGGCUGGAGUCCAAAUUCGGUAACUCGGAGAAGCAAGAACACAGGGAGAUGGUCCCCAACGGACACAUGCAAACCUUGAGCAUCAGCAGCGGCCUGCGGAGCGUGGGGGAGCGCAUGCACACAGUGCACGUGUGUGUGAAGGUGGCCCGCGGGCCCCUCAGCGAGGAAGGCCAGUUGGCAUUGGAGAAGCGGAAGGGGCUGAUGGGCAUGGGCGCCCUGCUGAUGCUGCUGCCCUCGGCAGUCAGUCCCGGGGCUGAUGAGGAAGACGGGGACAUCUUCCUGUUAUCCGCCCUGCUGCAGCUCCGGCAGAUCCAGCAGGCUAAUGCCUGGCCACAGGCCCUUCCUCUGGUGGUGGUGGUCCCAGGGCAGGCUGGGCACAGGGCCAGCGAUGAACAGCUAGAGGAAGACCUGAUGCUUCAGACACUCAUUGAGGAAGGUUUGAUUUCAGAGUACAUGUUCGUCCAUAUCCCCGAGACCACGAACGAACCCCAAGGAUCCGAGCAGAUCCGCCAUGCCGUCAGGUGGCUCGCUGCCCGCUCCACGGCACCAGCCCGGCUCGUCUCGCAGACGUUGGUGCAGGUUGUGGAGGCCGGGCUCUGCCGCGAGUUUGCUGGUAGGCUUCACCGUGAUCGGAGGGACCGUGACAUGGCGGGACUGCCCUCCCAGGGCCCUGCACCCGUCAUCGGCCUCUACAACACUGUCCUGGCUUUCUUGGCUGGCCUUGUGUCGUCCCCGAGUCUGGCUGGCCUCUCCUGGCCCGUGGCAGAGUUCUCGGUGCCAGGGGGUGGUGACUGCCUACCACAUCUGCUCUGGAACUCGGCUGAGCACCUGGAGUGGCUCCAGGGGGCAGUCCUGAGCCUGCGGCUGCCCGACUGGCCGCUGCCAGCCGUGGGGGCUCCUUGGAGCCAGCUGGUUGCCUCCAUCUUCCAGUACGUAUCUCAAAUCCCAUGGUCCCGCCACAGCCAGCCACUCCUUAUGUCCCAGUUGGAGAACCUUUUGGAGAGGCUGCGUCAGGACUGUGUGGGCCGAGGUGGGGGGCCGGACAAGGAGCCCACUUUCUGGGAGGUGCCCUGGGACGAAAUUGUCAUGCUCUGUGUAGAGCACCAACUCCGGGACUGGAACCCUCCUGGGUGCCCCGUGAGUGAAGAUGUCAUCAGUGACGACGGAGAAAUCUCGGUGUAUUUCCUGAGCGAUGGGCUGCAGGGCUUCAUACCGCCGUCCUGCUGGGUGGAUGCCGUAAAGCAGACGCACAGGGACAAGCAGCAGGGGAAGGCAGGGUGUCACCAGAGCAUGUGGCCUCAUCCUCGACUGGCCAGGCCACGUCUUCAACAGAAGCUGUUUCACAGCAUGGUUGAGGACCCUGAGUCCGGAUCCGGUGUUGCCCCUGUUUUGGAUGCUGCCUCCAGCCCCCAGGACCUCCUGGCUCGCAUUGAGGAGGAGAAAGAACAGAGCCGCAGGUUCGAGGACCAGCUGCGUACCUGGCUUGACGUCGAGUCCCUGGGCCCUUCCUCUUCCUCCUCACCACUUUUCUUGCCUUCUUCGUUACUGUCUGUACCGGAGAUCGUAGUGCCCUCCCCAAAGAUGGCUGCCCCACCUGCACUUGCCCUGCAGAAGGAGCGCAGUGUCCGCAGUGACCAGGCCAGGGGAGCUGCCAGUUUGUAUAUUUCCGCAGAUGUGACACAGGCGCGGAUAUAAUCUCCCAGGCCGGAGGACGCCGAAAUCUACCGCGCUGU